AUGCCGGAGAGUCCGGGUGAGGAGAAGUCGCGAUACCGCUUCGAGAGCUACUGCAGCCGGCCCCCGCGGUGGACGUACGAUGCGAUACCGUUCAGCGGAGCUUAUGGCGCCACUCUGGCAGUCUGGGCAGCAGUUGUGGCGAAUCGUGGAGAAGUACUUGCAGACCACUUCCUGCUUUUCUUGCUCCCGGUCGCGCUGCAUGUAAUGCUCUUCUUGGCGACCCAGUGGUCAGUAGAGGUGCGCUGUCGGGUCCGUUUCUAUCGCCAGCCGUCCAUCGACAAGGCCACGCACGUCAAGGUGGUGCCCUUGCCGCGCGAGGGCCAUGCCAACGAUACCCGAGUCGCCCUGGUACCGCUGAUCCAGGAAGAUGGUCAGAAGUCCAUCAACUACCUGAAGAAAAAGUUCGUUUACAACAGCACCACGGGCAAGUUUGAGCGGCUCCAUUUCGAGAUCACUUCGCCCCUGGAGUCCUACCUUGGCUCCACUGGACUUACUGCGAAGGAGGUGGAUGAGCGCACCAGAAAGUACGGCGAGAACAUUUACGACAUCCCUCUGCCCGAUUUUUGGGAGCUUUUCCAGGAGCAUGCAGUGGCCCCCUUCUUCGUCUUCCAGCUUUUCUGCGUGCUUCUCUGGCUCAUGGAUGAGUACUGGUACUACUCCUUGCUCACGCUGUUGCCUGCCUGA